AUGUCAGCCAUGGUCACCGCCCUCUCUCAAGUCCUUGGCUACUCCGGCAGCCAUUACCCGCCGCCCGAUGCUCACGCCCACGAUCAAAUAGCUGCACCACCCCACACCCAACCCCAGCUCAUAAAGGAACAAGCAAGUAGCACAAGGAAGAGGCACUACCGUGGGGUUCGCCAGCGUCCGUGGGGCAAGUGGGCGGCGGAGAUCCGCGACCCGAAGAAGGCGGCCCGCGUCUGGCUCGGCACUUUCGACUCGGCUGAGGCUGCCGCCAUGGCCUACGACGAGGCGGCCCUAAGGUUCAAGGGAAGCAAGGCCAAGCUCAAUUUUCCCGAGCGAGUCCAGCCCAAGUCCGACCACCUCGGUUACCUCACAACAGCCGCCCCUCAAAACCAGCCUAAUUUCGUCCCUCGGGAGUACAACUAUAACUAUCCCAAUGUACAACACUAUGCAGAGCUCAUGCGCUGGAGCAACAACAACAACAACAAAAAAGACAACAAAAACGAUGAUAAUAAUAAUAACUAUUAUUAUAAUAAUGCGAGUGGUUUCGAUUAUGGAAGUUAUGUUAAUGUGGUGGGGCCCGGUUUCGGUUCUCAAGGCCCGUCGGGUAGUGAUGUGCCUUCUUCCGUGGCGAUGAUGCCUUCGAAUGAUGGUCGGAAUUCGGUGGGUUUUGUGGGGUUCGAUGAUCAUGGGUCGGGCUAUGGGAGUUCGUCGGGCGGGCCCGGUGGUAGCUCGACCGGGAAUUGGGGAGAGUUUGAUGGCGGAAAUGACAAGAGGAGGUAUUUCUAUUGA